AUGGACUCCCAAAAAUCUCCGAAGGAAACUGUCCUCAUUACAGGAGGAGGUGGCUAUUUUGGUUUCCGCCUGGGCUGUGCUCUGAACAAGAAGGGAGCCCAUGUGAUUCUGUUAGAUAUCAGCAGCCCUACUCAGACCAUUCCAGAAGGAAUCAAGUUUAUACACGGAGACAUCCGCCACCUCUCUGAUAUAGAGAAAGCCUUCCAGGAUGUGGACAUAACUUGUGUGUUCCAUAUUGCCUCUUAUGGUAUGUCAGGGCGGGAACAACUAAAUCGAAAGCUGAUCGAAGAAGUCAAUGUCAGGGGCACAGAAAACAUCCUCCAGGCUUGCUGGAGGAGAGGGGUGCCAAGUUUAGUUUACACUAGCACUUUCAAUGUUGUGUUUGGAGGUCAAGUUAUCAAAAAUGGAGAUGAAUCUCUCCCUUACGUUCCUCUUCACCUCCAUCCUGAUCACUAUUCUCGGACCAAAUCUAUUGCAGAAAAGAAGGUGCUAGAAGCCAAUGGUACAUCCCUGGAAAAAAGCAAUGGUGUCUUAAGAACUUGUGCUCUGAGGUCAGCUGGCAUUUAUGGACCUGGAGAACAAAGGCACCUUCCUAGAGUAGUGAGCUAUAUUGAGAGGGGUCUAUUCAAGUUUGUGUUCGGGGAUCCCAAGAGCCUGGUUGAAUUUGUCCAUGUGGAUAACUUGGUGCAGGCUCACAUUCUGGCCUCAGAGGCCCUGAAAGCUAACAAGGGCUACAUUGCAUCUGGAAAGCCCUACUUCAUCUCAGAUGGCAUACCCAUAAACAACUUUGAGUUCUUCCGGCCUUUGGUUGAGGGCCUGGGCUACUCAUUCCCAUCCAUUCGCCUACCCAUGAAGCUCAUCUACUGUUUUGCUUUCCUAACAGAGAUGGCUUACUUUGUUUUGGGUCAACUCUACAACUUCCAGCCUUUCCUCACCCGCACAGAAGUUAAUAAAACUAGCAUCACACAUUACUUUAGCCUAGAGAAGGCCAAAAAGGAGCUAGGUUAUGAGCCUCAGCCAUUUGACCUCCAGGAAAUAGUAGAAUGGUUUAAAGCCCGUGGACAUGGAAGAAGUCCUGGGAAUCGUGACUCUGAGAGUCUUAUUUGGGUUGGGGUGUUGGUCUUACUCUUGGUUGUAGCAGCUUCUAUGUUGCUUUCCUUUGUGGGUUUGUCACUGUGA